AUGGCAAUGAUCUUAGACGCUUUCAUGAAAAGAUACACAAACAAACUCGCAGAUUUUGUAGAGGGUGAGGUGUCAAUCAUUCUCAACGUGAAGGAUGGGCUCCAGAAGCUUCAGAGAAGACUGGAAAGGAUCGGAGGUUUUCUUGAACAUGCAGAGCGGAAGAGGCGUGAAGACCCAAACGUCGGCAAUUGGGUGAGGGAGUUGAAAGAUAUCAUGUAUGAUGCGGAUGAUAUCAUCGACCUUUGUAUCGUCGAAGGCAGCAAAUUAUUGGAAAGCCAUCAGUCCGUUUCUUUGGUAUGCCAUCCCUUUCCUAUAUUUUCUUUCUUUAGUUGUAUGAAGUUCCGCUAUGAAAUUGGUGACAAAAUUAGAGAUCUUAAUAAGAGGCUGAAAGAGAUUGCAGAGGAUGGAUCAGUAUUGCCUAAACUAGAAAACUCUAACCAAGAUGUCCAAGAGAGCGGAGUGAAUCCUCGUCGGACUUUUCCCAUUGAGGACAGUUCUGAUAUCGUAGGGACACAAAUUGAAGAGGCUACCCAGAGUCUUGUGGAGUCAUUAGUCAAAGAAGAUAAACAAAAACUCUGGAUUUUGGGGAUUGUGGGGAUGGGUGGAAUUGGCAAAACUACUCUUGCUUCUAAUAUAUACCAAGAUGAAAGAAUAAAAGAAAAUUUUCCUAUACGAGUAUGGGUGUGUGUUUCCAAUAAUUUUUCAGAGACAAAUUUGCUGAAAGAGAUAAUUAGAAGCGCAGGUGGAAAUUAUGGGCAGGCUGAGACGAAGGCAGAACUCAUACCCUACCUUUCCUCUGUCCUUUCAAGAAAGUUCGUUAUUGUAUUAGAUGAUAUAUGGGAAGCAAAAGUAUGGGAGGAUCUGCUCAGAUAUCCUUUGAAAAGUGCAAUGGCUAGUGGUAGGAUUGUGAUCACCACUCAAGACAUGAAUGUGGCUAACAAUAUGAGCGCACUUGUCCACCAUGUUGACAAAAUGGGUAGUGAUGAAGGUUGGGCAUUGUUCUGCAAGAAAGUCUUUAGAGAUGACGAGAAGGAAGAGAUCAUUAUAUUAAAAGAAAUUGGGACGAACAUUGUUGACAAAUGUGAUGGUCUUCCUCUUGCAAUCAAGACCAUUGCAGGAGUUUUAAGGUCGAAGGAGAGAAGCAGCAUAGCAUGGAAUAACGUUCUCAGAAGUGAUGCAUGGUAUAUGAGCCAACUUCAGACAGAACUCCCUGGAGCCUUAUUUUUAAGCUAUAAAGAUUUAUCAUCUAAUCUUAAACAAUGUUUCCUUUUUUGCUCGUUAUAUCCUGAGGACUUUCCCAUGUCUCAUGAUGAUCUUGUUCGGUACUGGUUGGCUGAAGGUUUUGUAAAAUCACAAGAUGUAUUGUUAGAAGAUUUAGCCCAAGAUUACUAUAAAGAGUUGAUUUGCAGAAAUCUUUUACAACCAGAUUCUAGACGCGUAGAUCAGAAUGUUUGCACAAUGCACGAUCUGCUACGUUCUCUUGCUCUAUUUUUGAUAGGAGAUGAGAGCACUUUUGUUGGUGAUGGAAAAACGUGCACCACAAACCCCUUAACCAAGCUUCGUCGCUUGUCAAUUUCAAAUGUGGGAGAGAGGCUAGAAAUCCCUGAUGCAGUGAAAAAGCAGAAAUGCUUGAGGACUCUAAUUAUCUGGAACAGUCCCAGGACAAAGAUAGUUGAGCAUGAACUCGGAAGACUCGGGCAGCUACGAGUUUUAGACUUGACCGGUACGAAACUGGAGAGCCUUCCAGACUUGGUGGGAAACCUGUUACAUCUAAGGUACUUGAAUCUUAAUCAAACGAAUGUCAAAAAUUUACCAGAGUCUAUAAGACGCCUUCAAAAUCUGCAUACCUUGAGUCUCUUGGGCUGUAAAUCCUUGCACAUGCUUCCCAAGGCCAUCACAAGUUUGUGCAAACUAAGAUGCCUUCGCCUCGAUCGAACUCCGUUGAGCCAUCUUCCAAGAGGAAUAGGCAAACUGGGAGAUCUCAACUAUCUUCGAGGAUUUGUGGUCGGUGAUGAUGGAGGGGAGCAAGACCAGGGGUGCGACUUGGAGGAGCUACAGUAUCUGUCCCAACUGAGAGUGCUGCAGAUAGAUAGAUUGGUUGUGACUUCACUACUUCAGCGGUUCGGCACUAUUCGGCCUCUUCUCGCCGUGGAGUUCGGAACUAUUCCACCUCUUCUCGACACAAUUAAGUUCGACACUACUUAUCGGGACCCGAGAGCAGACGCAAUCAUAACGAUCGGACCCGAGCUUCUUGGUCGCCGUUCCUCAGCAAUAACUGCAUUUCCUAAGCUUGAAGACCUGCAACUCUUACACAUGCGCAACUGGAAAGAAUGGUCAUUGGGCGUGGUGGAAGAGGUUGGCGAGGAAAUAAGAGGAGCCUCUAAGUUGCUGCCGCAUCUCAAGUUCCUGCAUCUAAAGGACUGUCCCGAGCUAAUAGCUCUUCCGAAAGGUCUGGGGCAUGCCACCAACUUGCAGCGCUUGCAAAUUGUGGGCACCCACAACCUGAGAGAAAUCAAGAACCUCCCCUCCUUAACUGAUAUGCUCCACAUCGAGAGAAACCUAAGGUUGGAAAGAGUAUCCAACUUUUCCUCCCUGAAAUCUUUGCAAAUACUGAAUUGUCCGAGGUUACAGCACGUGGAGAAUCUUGAUAAGUUACAAUUCCUGGGCCUGGCACAUCCUUCUGCAGUACAGGGGACAUUAGAGAUACCAUUGCUGGAGUGCCUCCCACAGUGGUUAUUGAACCUACUCGGGCAGCAUCAAAAUGCUCCGACUGCAGUGCAGAAUCUUAGAAAAUUUAGACUGAAAUGCAGCUCACCACUGUUUGAGAGCUUCCUUAAGGAUACACCAAAUUGGCCCAUCAUUCAGUGGAUCCCUGAGGUCUGGAUCGAAGACAUAGAUGGUCCCUCAUGGAUACGGUAUACCAAAAGAUCCCCUUCCACCUUUCAAACCAACGUGCAACCACAAGAGUUUCCAAGUGACUUCCCUUGA